CAGUAACAGUGUGUAGCAGAACAGCAGCAAUAAAAUCUUUCUGAAGUGGAGUUGGUGUGGAGAUCUGUAAGUGUGACCUCAGGAUGAAGAUCUUCCUCCUUAUCUUCACCUUCUGCCUGAUCUCAGAUGGAGGAGCCUCCAAGGAAGUAACAGGAUAUUCAGGAGGAGGAGUCCUUAUCAAGUGCAAGUAUAAUACAGAAUACACACAAAACCUAAAAUAUUUCUGUAAGGGUUCAAGGCCAGGCUGUUCUGAUCUAAUAAAGACAAAAGACAAAAACAUGUGGGUUACUUCAGGAAGAUUCUCACUGUUUGAUGACAUCAAAUCAGCAGAGUUCAGGGUGAUGAUCAGAGAGAUCACUGUAGAGGACACUGGGACGUACCAGUGUGGAGUUGAUAAAUCUUGGGCAAUGGACAUUUACACACCAGUGAAUCUAAAAGUAAAGGAAGAUCUGUCCUAUGAGAAGUCCAUCAGUAAGACUGUCCAAACAGGAGGAGAUUUAAACGUCAAAUGUAAAUACCCAGAAUCCCUCAAUAAUUUUCCCAAGUUUCUCUGCAAUAGGCACGCAGCUGCUGCAGGCAGAAUCCUGUGA